AUGGACAUCUCCAUUCCGCUUCUCCAGUACCCCAUUCCUGUCACAUUCGAGGGCGUCAUCGCGGAGCAGGAAUUUCUGUUUGCUGAAUCCUGCGCCAGCCUCUCGCCCCUCAAGAAGAAGAAGAAGAAGAAGAAGAAGAAGAAGAAGAAGAAGGAGAAGAAGAGAAUUGACCUGGCCGCAAUCAAGCUCAAGAAGUGCGGCCCCACGUUCGACCGGAAGUGCUUGGUCGAAGGGCUCGGAUUUCGUGGUGACAAGAGAUGUCCAUACCACCGGAGGAACGUAAUGGAGCGUGCUUCAGCGCGCGGCCGAAUCGAUGUUGACAUUGGCCUGAUUGUGGUAGAUCGACUGGGCGUCAGGAAUGAGCCGGUGCACACCGAAGUUGCAGCAUCUGCCAGUGGAGGUGCUCAGAAGAGUGGUAACCCUACCAAUGACGAUGCUCAGGAAGGUGACGACCUCGGCAUGAACCUGGACGAGGACCUAGUCAAAUGCGACGCUCAGCAUAUUACCGUAAGUAUCGAGUAG